AUGGCGCGGCGGCUGCGGGGCGGCAGGUGGCGGGGCGGGCGAGGCGGCGGUCCCCCGACGGGGCGGGCGCUGGCGCUGCUGGUGCCGCUGUGGCUGAGCGCGGCGGGCGGCGGCGGCGGCGCGGCGGCGGUGUACAACCUCAGCCUGGCGGUGGACGAGGGGCUGCCGGCCGAGACGCUGGUGGGGGACAUCCGCGCGGGGCUGCCGGCGGGCGCGGGGCCGCCGGGGGGCUUCCUGCUGUCGGAGGGGAGCGGCGAGUCGGCGGUGCUGGCGGACUUCCACGUCCAGGCGGAGACGGGCAUCAUCCGCACGGCGCGGCGGCUGGACCGGGAGCGGCGGGCGCGCUACAGCUUCGCGGCGGCCACGCUGCGCGGCGAGGUGGUGCAGGUGGAGAUCGCGGUCACCGACGUGAACGACCACCCGCCGCGCUUCCCGCGGGACUGCCUGCAGCUCAACGUCUCCGAGCUGAGCCCGCCCGGCACCGCCUUCCGUCUGCCGGCCGCCCGUGACCCCGACGCCGGCCGCUUCGGGACGCAGGGCUACGCGCUGCUGGAGGAGGGCGGCGCGGCGGGGGAGCCGCCGCUCUUCCAGCUGCGCUACGGGCGGCCGGAGCCGCUGGAGCUGGUGCUGCUGCGGCGGCUGGACCGCGAGCGGGCGGAGGCGCACCGGCUGCUGGUGGAGGCGUGGGACGGCGGCAGCCCGCGCCGCCGCGGCCGCCUGCGGGUGUCGGUGCGGGUGCUGGACGAGAACGACAACGCGCCCGCCUUCAGCCGCGGCGAGUACCGGGCGCGGCUGCGGGAGGACGCGCCGCCGGGCACCGCCGUCUGCCGCCUGCGGGCCACCGACCCGGACCUGGGCGCCAACGGCGAGGUGCGCUACGCCAUCAACCGCCGGCAGAGCGACCCCGACGGCUACUUCGCGGUGGAGGAGCGCAGCGGCGUGCUGCGCCUCCGCCGCCGGCUGGACCGCGAGGCGCGGGCCCUGCACCGCCUGGUCGUGGAGGCGCGGGACGGCGGCGCCCAGCCCGAGGUCUCCAGCGCCCUCGUCUCCGUGGCCGUGCUGGACGUGAACGACAACCGCCCCGCCAUCCGCCUGCUCUACCUCACCGAGAGCGGCGGCCCGCGGGUCUCCGAGGGGGCGCGGCCCGGCGACUACGUGGCCCGCGUCUCCGUCUCGGACGCCGACGAGGGCGCGGAGGAGGGCGCCGCGGAGGGCGGCGGCGGCGGCGGCGGCGGCGGCGGGAUCGCACUGGCCCUGCUGGGCGGCGACGGCGCCUUCGCGCUGCGGCCGGCCGGCGCCGCCGGCGUCUUCUUCCUCUGCGUGGCGGGGCCGCUGGACCGCGAGAGCCGCGACCUCUACGAGCUGCGGCUGGUGGCCACGGACGGCGGCGCGCCGCCGCUCUCCGCCGAGGAGCCGCUGCUGCUGCGCGUCGCCGACCUCAACGACGAGGCGCCCGCCUUCCCGCAGCCCCACUACCGCGCCGCCGUCUCCGAGGCCGCCUCCCCCGGCACCGCCGUGCUCCGCCUCAGCGCCUCCGACGCCGACGAGCCGGGCUCGCCCAACGCCGAGGUGCGGUACGCGCUGGAAGGCGAGCCGGCCGCCCUGGCCCUGCUGCGCAUCGACGCGCGGAGCGGCGCCGUCAGCACCCGCGCCCGCCUGGACCGGGAGCGGCAGGCGGCGCUGGAGCUGCGCGUGGUGGCGCGGGACGGCGGGCGCCCGCCGCGCGCCGCCGCCUGCCGCCUCAGCGUCCGCGUCGAGGACGCCAACGACAACGAGCCCCGCUUCGAGCGGCAGGUCUACCGCGGCCGCCUGCCCGAGCACGCCGCGCCCGGCCGCUGCCUCCUCCAGGUGAAGGCAACAGAUGCAGAUGCUGACCAGUUUGGUGAAAUUGAGUAUUUUCUUUACGAUGGAUUUCAUUAUUAUGAAAAAUCCAAAGCCUUCCAGAUUGACCCACAUACUGGUCAGAUCUGUGUGUCUCAAGACAUUGACAGAGAAGGAGAUCCAACCACUUAUGAUCUCUUAGUAAAAGCUACGGAUGGGGGUGGGCUGAGUGCCCAAGCUUUUGUUCGCAUUGAGAUAGAAGAUAUUAAUGAUAAUCAACCUGUUUUUGAACAAACCGUCUAUGUGACGAGCAUCAGCAGUCACACACAGCCAGGAACAGAGAUCAUCAAUGUUGUUGCCACAGACAGAGAUUCAGGAAUAUAUGGCGUUGUCACAUAUGAACUGGUCCCAGGAGAAUUUUCUUCUUUUUUCACAGUGGAUACAUCCACAGGAAUUAUUUACCUGAUCUCAGCUCUUGGUCACCUGGCACACUCUGCGCUCUUCCUGACUGUUUCUGCACAGGAUGGGGGUGGCCUUCCCUCUGCCACCAAUGCAGCCGUCACAGUAAACAUCCUUCAGACCGCUUCGGCCCCUGCCAUAUUUGAGAGAUCCCGGUAUGCUUUUUCUGUUCCUGAAGAUGCACCUGAAGACAGCCCAAUCGGCACUGUAAAGGCCAGAGAGCCUCCAAAUUCUUUAGAAGUGGUUUCUUACAGAAUUUCCUCCGGUGAUCCACAUGGAAGAUUCUCUAUUGAUCCCCAGUUUGGUAUCAUCCGCACCAAACAACAGCUUGACCAUGAAACUCAGUCUGUUGUGGUGCUCACCGUUCAGUCACAGUUGGGUAACUCCCCUGUCUAUGGUAGCACCCAGGUCAACAUAUCUGUGGUAGAUAUUAAUGACAACCCUCCAGUAUUUCUUACCAAAUCUGACAAGGUAACUAUUUCACAUACCCAGCCCCCUGGCACUGCUGUCUACAUUGCUCAUGCAGAAGACAAAGACAGUGGCCUGAAUGGGGCAAUCAAAUAUAGUAUUGCAAGCAAGCAGUCAAAUGCAUUCAACAUUGAUCCAAACCUUGGAGUGGUAAACCUCACCAGGACAGUGUUUGCGGAUAAGCAGCAGGAGUAUACUCUACACAUAGCAGCUGAAGACUAUGGCAGUCCUCCUCUGACUUCUUUGCUGAUGUUGACAGUGAUUAUUGAAGAGCAGAAGAUGGGCCCUACUUUGGUUUUUCAGAACUUGGUGUAUCAAGUAGAAAUCAGUGAAGCCACUUCUCUAGGUGCCCAAAUCCUUCAGGUUCAAGCCCACUCACUUGAUCCACACAGUGUUACCUCCAAGCUGACAUAUUCCUUAGAGCCUAGCACGGAUUCUGUUGCAUUUGGAAUCAGCUCUGAUACUGGCUGGAUUUAUCUUCGGAAACAUUUGAACUACGAAUGUGCACAGAUACUAAGUUUCAGAGCCCUGGUCAGCACCUCCGAGGAUGAAAACCUCAGGCAAAAUGCAAGUACCUCGGUAAUAGUUAAUGUCCUGGAUGAAAAUGAUAAUUCUCCCAUGUUUCUGCAUGAGAGCUACUUCUUUGAAAUGGAGGAAAAUCCAAUUCCCAGGGGUGUGGUUGGCACCAUCACAGCUGUUGACAAAGACUCGGGAAGAAACGGACAACUUUCCUAUUUCCUUUUGUCUGAUGGAAAGUAUUUCAAGAUGAAUUCCAACACAGGUGAAAUCAUAAACUGGGUUGCACUAGACCGUGAAAAACACGCUCACCACCAGCUGACCGUGCUAGUGACCGACCACGGCUCACCACGGCUGAACGCCACGGCAGCCGUGUACAUCGCAGUGAGGGACCUCAACGACAAUAAGCCCCUCUUCCCUCAGGCGGCACUCGGGCGGGAGCUGCACCUCCAGGUUUUGGAAGGGCAGCCGUCAGGGACACGUAUUACCACUGUCUUUGCAAAAGACUUUGAUUCUGGGAACAACGGUGUUGUAUUGUAUUCAAUAGAAUCAGAAGAGGAUAUAGGAUAUUUCCAGAUUGAUGCUGUCAGUGGGGAGUUAAGAACAACCCGGUCUCUAUCAUAUGCUGAGAGAUCAGACUACAGAAUGAUGGUCACAGCCAGGGACCAGGGUACGCCUUCACUUCAAGGACAUGCUGCUGUUCACAUCCAGGUAAUCCCAUUUCCCAAUGGGAGAUCUGUCUUCUCUCAAGAUUUCAAGCACUUUGUUGUACCUGAAAAUUUUAAACCUGCACAAGUGUUGAAUUCUCUGAAGUGGCCUGAUAAUCAUCUAAUGACUAACAGGAAACUGCAUUUCAGUAUUGCUAAAGAUGAUGAUGUUCAUUUUGAAAUGGAUAGCUUGACAGGAGACCUUUAUCUUUCCAAGGAACUUGACUAUGAAACAGCUUCGCACUUCCUUUUGCAAGUUAUUAUAAAGGAUUAUAAUAGUAAUCCUCCACAGAAUAACACUGUCUUCCUGAGUAUCGAUGUAGAAGAUCAGAAUGAUCAUUCUCCAUAUUUUCAAGAUGACUUUGUAGUGAUUGGCAUAGAGGAAAAUGUCCCUGUUGGCACCCUGGUUUACACAUUCGAUGCAAAAGAUGGAGAUGGCAGUUUUCUGAACAGCAAAAUACAGUAUUCCCUAGAAAUGAGUAACAUGGGUGAAAAUCCAUUUCUUAUUCACCCUUCCUAUGGCACCUUGACCACAGCUUUUCCACUAGACAGGGAGACUACUCGCUCUGUGAUCCUUACAGUGUCUGCAGCAGACCAGGCAAUAAAUCUGACUGAUCGCAGGCUUGAUUCCCUGGCUGCAAAAAUUGUUAUUUUAGAUAUCAAUGACAACAGUCCCAAUUUUACAUCUUCGCCUCUUUCCUACAUCAUGGAGGAUGUGGAGGUGGGCUUCCUUGUGCACCACAUAAUUGCAAAGGAUCCUGAUGAGGGAAGAAAUGGACAAGUUACAUAUCACAUUCUUUCAGGCAAUGAAAACAAAGCAUUUGUAUUGGAUAAAAUCACAGGACUCUUAACUACAGCCCAGCUUCUGGACCGUGAGAUUCAGGAGCACUACAGUUUGACAGUCAUGGCUCUUGAUGAUGGCAGCCCAGCUCUCUCCGCCACGCAGGUUCUAACCAUCAUUGUUCUUGAUGUGAAUGAUGAGACCCCAAUAUUUCUGAAGCAACUUUACGAGACUGCAGUUCGUGAAAACCAACAUCCAGGGGAGUUUGUCAUAAAGGUGGAAGCUGUGGACAGAGAUGCAGGACUGAAUUCCUUGCUUCAGUAUGAAAUCUUACCAGGAACUGGUUAUGAGAAAUUCAAGAUGAACUCAGACAGUGGAGAACUCGUAACAACUGCAUCACUGGACAGGGAAACCCAGGAGGUUUUCAAUAUUAAAGUUUUGGUUCGAGAUAGUGGAACCCCAUCGCUGUCGAGCACAGCGACAAUUAUCUGCACAGUGCUGGAUGAAAACGAUCACUCUCCCAUGUUUCUUCUUCCCGCCUCGGAGAUCCAUAUUCCAGAGAACCAACAGCCUUCUGUCGUUUACAUUACCUGGGCUGUAGAUAUGGAUUCUGGCAAUAACGGAGCUCUAAGAUACAAAAUAAUUGGUGGAAAUGUUGGAGGAUACUUCACACUAAAUAACACUUCAGGAAAACUGCUGGUCACUCGUAGCUUAGACAGAGAAGAUGUCAGCAAUUUCACUCUUGUAAUUGAGUGCCGUGACCUAGGCAGUCCCUCGAGAAGCUCCACUGCACAGCUCACUCUGACGGUCUUGGAUGAAAAUGACCACAACCCCUUGUUUGCAAAGAGCCAGUAUCAAAUCUCCGUGAGAGAAGAUCUAGAGGAAGGCUCAGCCAUCCUGGACCUCUUUGCUUCUGACGAAGAUGAUGGCCUGAAUGGCGAAGUUAGAUACUCCCUCAUUGACAACACCUUUGGAGCAUUUGCUAUCGACAGUGUAACGGGGUCUAUAGUUACUACAAAGGCACUGGACCGGGAGACCAAAUCCCAGUAUACAUUUAGGGCUGUGGCAAGUGACUGUAGCACCCAUUUGCCAAGAAGCACCACUGUCAGGGUUGUGGUGCACGUUGAUGACAUCAAUGACAAUGAUCCCGUUUUUUUGCAGAAUCCUCUAAGGGCCUUUGUGCCUGCUGAAACCCCUGUGAAUGAGAUAGUAGCCACUGUGAGAGCAGAGGACGUGGAUCUGGGAUCAAACGGAGCUGUUGUUUUUAGUCUGAUGAUAGUGGAAACUGUAUUUCAGAUCAACAUGAAGACAGGUGACAUCAUUCUUCAGGAGCCGUUGACUUCCAAGGAGUUCAGUACCCAGCUGCUAGUGAUGGCUUCAGAUCAAGGUAUCUCACCUCGAACAGCCACAGCUAUGGUCAUUAUCUCUACAGAAGAACAAGAGGAGGAGAUUUCAUUCAGCCACAGCCUGUAUGAAGCAAGCGUGCCUGAGAACAGUGCAGCAGGUACAUCACUUCUAACUGUAGAAGCUUAUGAACGCAAAUUUACAGGAGAAAACAUAAAAUACAGCAUCUUCAGUGACAAGGAAAGCAUAUUCUCCAUACACCCCAUUACAGGUGCAAUCACAGUAAAAGAGCCAAAGUUUCUUGAUUAUGAAGUUAAGAAUAAAAUACAUCUUUCAGUUUUGGCUGAAAAUAGCUUGAAUUCAGCGCUCUGUGGAGUGACAGUUUUGAUACAAGAUGUGAAUGACAAUGUACCUAAAUUUGAGCAAAGCUACUACAAAGCAUCAGUAUGGGAAGGCCAAAGUCCUAAAACAGACAUCAUACAGGUAUUUGCAACUGACCUUGACAGUGGGCUGAAUGGGGAUACUGAAUACUCAAUUUUAUCUGGUAAUGAAAAUGCAACAUUUCUAAUUGAUUCAGCAUGGGGGAUUUUAGCAACUAAUACAGUCCUUGAUCAUGAAAACACUUCAUCUUACAGGUUGGUUGUACAAGCUGCUGAUAAAGGAAACCCCAGACUUUCUGCUACAAGUAUUGUGAGGAUACAAGUGUUAGAUGUUAAUGACAAUGCUCCAGUUGUCCAACCACUAGGUGAAGUGGAGGUCCCAGAAAAUGCCCUGCCUGGUUUUAUGGUGACUCAGGUGUCAGCAAGUGAUGAGGACUCCAGGCCAGCACUUCAGUUUGGUUUUAUUUAUGAUAAUAGUCCCGGAAUGAAAUUUGCCAUUGAUCAACACACUGGUGUAGUCACAGUGGUGGAACCAUUGGAUUUUGAAGAAACUGCUGUGUAUAAGCUGAGAAUCAUAGUUUCAGAUUCUAUACAUCAAACAGAAGCAGAACUCACCAUCCUUGUUUUGGACGUCAAUGAUAACCCACCAGUGUUUACUCAGGAUUUGUAUCAGGUGAGCUUGCCAGAGCUAAUUUCUGUGGAUGCCACUGUUCUGACAGUCUCUGCUGUGGAUAGGGAUUCAGAGCAUAAUGGAAUGAUUUCCUACAAAAUCCUCUCUUCCUCUGAGGGAUUUGCCAUUGAUCACAAGAAUGGUUCAGUGUUCGCUACGGGACCAGUGACACGGCUGGAAAAGAUUUCCAUUAUUCGGCUCCUGAUAGAAGCCACAGAUGGUGGGCGUCCCACCCUGAGUGCGGUUACCUCUGUAGAGGUGCACGUAGAAGAUGUAAAUAACUAUGCCCCUCAGUUCACAAGGGUUCUGUACAAUCUCAGCGUGAGCGAGGAUACCUCAGCUGGAGAAAGUGUUCUCACGUUUUCAGCCAUUGACUAUGAUUGGACCCGUGAAAACACAUAUGUUGAAUACUCCAUUAUUGAUGGCAAUGCUGAGAAUUUAUUCUCCGUGGAAACAAGUGUCAUGGAGUCAGAAACAUCCUACAAACUUGUUGGCAGUCUUGUUUUGAGCAACGUUCUUGACAGGGAAACGGCUUCUUCUCACCGUUUGGUCCUCCUUGCCUCUGAUCAUGGAACGCCCUCCUUGAAUUCAACUGCUACUGUGCUAAUAACUGUGCUGGAUGUUAAUGAUAAUCCUCCAGUAUUUAGCAGCCCGGAGUACCAUAUUCAUCUCAAGGAAAGCAUCCCUGUAGGUAGUCACGUCACUGAAGUUUCAGCAAAUGACUGCGAUGCAGGCACUAAUGCAGAGAUCACUUAUGCUAUCAUCUCUGGAAAUGACAGGGGACAUUUUCGCUUGGAUGGGAAAACGGGAUCAGUGGAUUUGAUGAAAAUGCUGGAUUAUGAGGAUAUCAUGAAAUUCACUUUGAUCAUCCAAGCCACAGAUGGAGGAGCUGAUGUAAAAAAUGUGGCUUUUUCUGUUGUUCUUGUUAGCAUCCUAGAUGACAAUGAUUAUAGCCCACUGUUUCUGUUUCCCAGCCUGAGCUGUAGUGUCAGUGAAAAUCUGCCUACCUUUUCUUUUGUGUGUGCUGUCAAUGCACUGGAUUUUGAUAAAGGCUCCUAUGGGCACCUUACCUACUCCGUCCAGUCUUCAUGUUUGGCUCAUCGUGAAGCUCCUAGAGACCAUGACAUGUUCUUCAUUGAUCCUUUGACAGGAGAUAUUCAUACAAAGCAAAUGUUUGACUAUGAAAGUCAGAAUAGGUACUGUCUCAUAAUCCAAGCAAAAGACAAAGGUGACUCACUGGCUACUGUUACAGUUCAGGUAGAUAUUGAGGGGAGAGAUGAAUUUGACCCAGUGUUUACACAAGAUCAGUAUUUCUUUAAUCUCCCUGAGAGGAACGAAGCAGGCCAGUUGCUUGGCAGCGUGACAGCAUCAGACAGCGAUGGUGGACUGGAUGGAGUUGUUCGUUACUCCCUGCUAAAAACUUCUCCAUUCUUUUCUGUGAAUCAAACCAGUGGUAGUAUUUAUUUGACUCAGGCUGUUCACAGAAAGAAAAAUGGCAGCAAAAGGAAUGAUGACACCCUGGAAUUGUUGGUAAGAGCUCAUAGCCCCCAAAUUGAGUCAAAGUUCACAGUAUGCACUGUUUUGGUAAAUGUUUCCAGUUCUCCUGAGGGUUAUCCCAUAGUGUCAGCAUACAGCCUGACCAUUAGCAUUUCGGUCUCCUUGAUAGUGUUCCUACUGCUUGCGGUCAGUCUUACUGCACUUAUUCUGAGACAUAAGUGGAAAGAUCUGAUGAAUGCUUGUGUGAAAAAAGAAGUAGUAUCCUCCUCAGCUACUGAUGUGAAUUCAGCCAGCGAAGAUAAGGACUGCCAGAAAAUCCAAAGUACUGAGAGCAGUAUGCUUCCCAUGGGUGCCAUAGCAGAAUGGCUGAGCCUAGCAGGAAUCGAAGAAGGGAAGGAUGAUGGUGUCCCCUGUAGUUAUUCAGACUCCAGUGGCCACAGUUCUGCCGAAGGAGAAACUGCAGAGGACGAGGAAAUCAAAAGGAUCAAUGAGCAUCCUUGCAGAAGGAGCGCUGGCUCGGUGCUGAGCGAGCGCGGCUCACGGGUGCCAGAUUCAGGGAUCCCAAGAGAGUCUGAUCAGCUCUCCUGUCAGUCUGGAGAAAUGGAUGUCAUGGCUACCACGCAAAGCAUGGAGAGCGUGCAGGCCAUUAAAGAAGGCAGAGAAGAAGCCUGUGACACAGCCUUCGCACAUAAAAUGUUGUCUCAAACAAUUAAGAAAAUUGGAAUAAAAGAGAAAGACAUAAUGGCAGACCUCACAAGAGACUAUGUCUUGAUGUCAGAUAGGCAGGACUCUGGGUAUGAUUCACUUGCAACUCUUGGCACCCCUGAUGAGGAUCUCGGAGGUGGUUGUAACUGGGAUUAUGUGCUCAGCUGGGAACCCAGGUUUCAACCUCUUGCCUCAGUGUUUAAUGAUAUUGCAAAACUGAAAGAUGAAAAUGUACACGUUCAUAGCUUCCCUAAGGAGAAGAAAUCUCUUGUUUUCCCUCCUCCUUUGAUAACAUCAGUAGCUCAGCCUGGCCUAAGGACAGUGCCACCACGAAUGCCAAAUAUAAUAUCAGGGCAAGCAUUUAAAAAAUACCCUCGUUCUCCCCUUAUCCAUAAUCUUGGAUACCCUCCACCAACUAUGACCCCCAGUUUUUCUCCUUCUCUCUCUUUACUUACCAUGCAGACACCUACUGCUUCUCCAGUAAUGUCUGAUGGGAAAAUGAUAGGAACACGUCUCAUUGAUCCAAGCCGUGAACUUGCAACAGAGGAAGAAAUUCAGGUCUAGGUUAUCAACUAACAGUAGUUUAUGGUAUAAAAUAUGGCUUAAAAUGUGUUUUGCUAUUGUAUAACAAGCAAAAUAUGCCUAUCAGAGCUAUAUCACCAGUAUUCCUUCUGUUUUCAUGAGCUGAAAAAGUUAAAAUACAACAUAGCCACAAACUUGGUAAUUAUCCAUCUUGUUCUUCCCAAAAUACACUGUGAGGCCAUGAGGCUUCUCCUCUUUCAGCUCCCAACAACUGUGGUUUCCUAUGUAAAUCACACAGCCAGGUGCCUGAUAACCAACUUGACCGAUUUUACUGUUUUUCUCAUAAAAUAUGAGAAAAUACAUAAUGAAUGAAAUAAAUGGUAGUAAUUCUUUACUGUGGAAAAACUUUAUUAGCAUGCUGGUGGGUACUGACCAUUUCUGUGGUGGUAUUAGAAGAGGGUACUAGAGGGAUGUAUAAGUACGGCAGGAUUGGGGGUGGGCAAAGAAUAAAGCAAGGAUUCCUACUGAGCUCUUUCUCAAGUGUUUACCCAGAUUUCCCACAUCUCAGCCCCUGGGUCCCAACAACCUGUUGUGCCUGGUGCAGUUUCAUCAUCUAGCAUGGCUCCCCCUGGGCUUUAUUAGCUAACUUUGUGCUGUGGAAUCCCACUUAGCAGGUUCUGUGCAUCUUUUGUUUAUCUCCUAGUGUAAAGCCUGUGAGUCCUGAUUAUCUGAAUAAUAACAGAUCACCCUUGGAAAACAGAAUAACCAGUGGUAAGAUAAAAGCAACUUUCUUCUCUAUUACUAGAUCUAAAAUGGAUGCCUGUUAUCUUUCUGUCCUAUUACAGAAGCUGUCCUGGUCCCCAGACAGCUGUAGGAACAGACAGUGUUACAGUUCUGAAGGGCUUGUAUGCCUCCACCCUGGUCUUUGGUCCUGUGCUGGGCAUAUCUCUGCAAGACCAGAUAAUCUGGCCUUGUUUGUUGUAUGUAUCAUACAUAUGGCAUUUUGUGUAUGUAUGUAUAUCCAGACACAUACACAUGCCUAUACUGCUGUGUAUGCUUGUAUAUUGUAUCAGAUCAAUAAAAUACAUAGAAAAUACAUCUAGAGUAACUCUGGUUUCUCUUCAGUGUAUAUUUAAAAGUAUUUUUGCAUCACGUGUAUUAAAACUGGGCUAUAGGGAAGGGUCUAGCUGGUGCCUGGGAAUCUGUUACAAGUUGGAUGUGUACAGACGUGUAUAUUGUACAGGUCAUAACAGGUGGAGGAAGAGCAUACGGUGUGGUUAGACUGAGUGAUCUUGUGGGAUCAGCAUCAUGUGUGCAGUGGCUUUUGUCGUUUCCUCGGUUACGCAUGUCAAGAUUUGCAGCCAGUGGGCUUGUAACCUGUCUUUGAAUAGGAUCCUGUUUCAAAGGCUACACCUGCACGGUACUAUCAUGCAACAGGAUCCAUGCAGCUAUGCAAGAGUGCUUCUUUUAAAGCUGGCAUUUGUUCUUUGUACUGGCGUGGAGUAUGAAACAAGGCAUAGCUUAGGAAUUCAUCGGGAUAGACAAAUGUUACUAAGAAAGGAGACAGGAUGACAAGUUUUAUAGUCAGACAAAAACCUGUGCCGGGAAGAGGAAAGGAAAGAAGAGGAGUCAUUCCCAGUUCAUAUCAGAACAUGGAGUAUCAGUUUAAGGCUAUUAUUUCAGAAUGAAUAUUAUUCUCCACCUGUUAACAUUAUGCUCUCUGCAGUGUGUUUGGUUUUGACUUUUAUGUCUUAACUUGUAAAUUUCUAAUAGAAUGAGAGGUGUUCUUUGUGGUGUUCAGUUCUGUGCACUUAUAGUUUCAGGAGGCACACAUGGCACACAGAACUACCUUUUCUAUAUAGUCAACAACUUAGCUAAUCUGAUUUUAGUUUCAGGUAGUAAUGGUCAAACGGCAGCUAUUGCUCUGAGGAGCAAGGAACACAUGCUGUCCUGAUAGGGGUCAUCUUUCCAAUAGGCGAUCAGUGGAAGAAUAAAUGCUUUACAAAGCAAAACUGUGUUUGAUCUUUCACGUUGAUGGGUAUGAAGUGGUAGCUAGGGCCUCAUUUUAUGUAUAGAGUCUAGGCUAAUGGAUAAGUAGCUUUUUCUUCACUAAUAUUGCUGUUGCAAAUGGAAUACUGUUAGCAUUAGAAAUCAUUAGAAAGCAUUCAGUCAUCAUAUUAAGCACAAGAUUUGGACCUCACCAUGCUAAUGUGUGCCCACUUCCUAUGGUUCUGCUUGAAAAGUGAGAAGACUCUGUUUGUGCCCUUUUUGCUCCUUCAAAUGCAGCUUGUUUUCGAUGCCUUUCUGGAAAGAUUACAUAUGAUUUGCAUCCUGUUUAUCAAGCACAUGAUAUAACCGAUGCAUGCUUUGUGCUCCUCUUAAGUGUUACAGCAAUCUUUUCCUUGUCUCUUAUGUAUUUGCUCAUUCUGUAUCAGAUGGGAAAGAACACUUAGCUGAUAUAUUGUUGUUUCAUAUAUAGUCAAGCUUAAAAAUGUGACCAUUGAAACCAGUGUGUGCAAUAAAUCAUGUAUAGUUCUUUUAA